AUGCUCUCAGCAUUCACUGCUCAGCCCAUCGUCGAGCUGAAGCAACGCGACAAGUCAAAAAUCGAGUCUAUACUUUCGCACAGUGACCAGCUCCUUGUUGGCCUUAAUACUGGCGCCCUCCGCAUUUACAGAGUCAAGAGUCCUCCGUCACGCCCCACUGAAUCUGACGACGAACAUGAAGAACACAAAACCGCGGCCGAUAGACGGACACCAAAACCUUCCGAGCUCCUGCGGGAGUACGAGAAGUUUUCAAGAUACAAGAUUGAGCAGCUAGCCGUUUUCCGCGAAGCGAAUAUCCUGAUUUCCCUGAGCAAUGGUCUAGUCUCUAUCCAUGACUUGGGCACCUACGAACUCAGUGAACAACUCACCAAAACUAAAGGAGCCAGCACCUUUGCCGCCACAAGUAACAUCGUCAAGGAUUCGUCAACUGGCGUGCCUACCCUUGUCAGCAGGUUAGCAGUUGCCGUCAAGAGGAGGUUGCUCAUUUGGACAUGGCAUGAUGGAGAACUCGACGGUGACGCUGCUGAGGUUGCGCUGUCGCACAGUAUCAAGUGCUUAACCUGGGCAACGGGUACCAAGGUUAUCGCCGGGCUCAGUGCAAACUAUGUACUUGUCGACGUUGAGUCUCAUCAGUUGAAGGACAUUAUCGGUCCUGGGAGUAUUGGUGGUCUUACCGGCCAAGAGAGCAGUAGGCUGGGAGGUACAAUGAGCUAUAUUGGUAUGGGAUCGAUGUUCCCAGCACCACUUGCAACCGGACUCGGGGAAAAGGAGAUGCUGCUGGCUAAGGACGUCAACACCCUGUUCAUCGACCGCAACGGAGAACCAAUUCCUCGACGCCAGGUUCCAUGGCGGGUGGCCCCUCAUGCGGUCGGAUAUUCAUAUCCUUACCUCCUAGCUUUGCAAGAAGCUGCAAAAGGCGUAUUGGAAGUCCGAAACCCUCAGACGCUCGCUUUACUUCAGUCAAUUGAUCUUCCUGGUGCGGUGUUACUUCAGGUCCCAAAUCCGAACAUCAGUCUGGCCCAUCAAGGGAAAGGAUUUCUGGUUGCCAGCGAACGUGUCGUCUGGAGGAUGCAAGGGCUGAAUUACGAUGCGCAAAUUGAUGCCUUGGUUGAUUGUAGUCAACUUGAUGAGGCAAUCAGCUUGUUGGAGAUGAUAGAAGAGACCCUCAUUAAGAAUAAAGCUGGACGAUUGCGCGAGAUCAAGAUGCAAAAGGCCCAGCGUUUGUUCGACGGAAAGAAAUUCAGAGAUGCCCUUGACUUGUUCAGUGAGGUCUCUGCGCCUCCUGAGCGUGUCAUCAAGCUAUAUCCAGCAGUCAUUGCAGGUGACCUCGCGGACGAGGAACUUGACGGUGCCAUGGGAGGCGAAGAGGAGCCACAGCCUGACGACAGUCUCCGAAAACUGCCCAAAAAGACAGAUAUUCCCUCCGGCCCUACAAAGACGACCAAGAUGAUUCCCUCAGAGGCUGACGCGGCAAGCAUACACAGCGUGAAAACCGCCGACCGCAAAGGAGGUGAGAGCUUCUCAGAAAAGGAACUUAAAACUGCUGCCCGAGAACUUCAGGCAUUUCUUGCUGAUGUUCGCCGCCGACUGCAACGAUUCUUUAACCCGGACCAGACAGUGCGCAAUCUAGCUGAAGUCCAAAUUGCAGCCCAGUCUGAGGAUAUCCGGCAAAUUACAGGACACCUUCUUGGGCUCCCAACGCUGGAUGAUGUUGACCUUGCCGACAAGCUACUGGAUGUGGCCAAGCUCGUCGACACCACCCUCUUCCGUGCGCAUAUGUAUGCCACACCCUCGCUUGCUGGAUCCCUGUUCCGCAUCCCCAACUUCUGUGACCCCGAGGUCGUGAUGGCAAAGCUAGAAGAGACAGAACGUUACAAUGAUCUGAUCGAGUUUUUAUACGGGAAAAGACUGCACAGACAAGCGCUAGAGCGACUGCGAAAGUUUGGACAAGCCGAAAAGACCGAAGAUAUUGAUCCCCAGCUGCAUGGGCCUGCAAGGACGGUCUCGUACCUUCAGAAUCUGGGUCCCGACCUGAUUGACAUGAUACUUGAAUUUGCCAGGUGGCCAUUGGAGACAGACCCGGCAAUGGCAAUGGAGAUCUUUCUGGGCGAUACGGAAAACGCAGAGUCACUUCCGCGUGAGAAAGUGCUCGCAUUCCUCGAGACUAUCAAUAUAGACCUAGCAUUGCGGUAUCUCGAACAUGUGGUGGACGAACUGGACGACCUGACGCCUGAGCUGCAUCAGCGGCUGGCCGCUCUAUAUCUUGAGCGCUUGAAGGAUUCGACCGCAACAAAUCGUGACGAUCUUCUGAACAGGUUCCUGACAUUGUUGAGGACAUCUGAUCAGUAUUCUCCUGCAAAGACACUGGGUUUACUGCCUCGGGAUGAUCCGACAUUCUAUGAAGCUCGGGCCAUUAUUUUUAGCAAGAUGGGCAAUCACAAGCAAGCCCUCGAAAUUUAUGUGUUCAAACUGCGUGAUCCGGGCAAAGCGGAGGAAUAUUGCAAUCAAACGCACCUGGAGGCAACCGGCAAAUACUCCAGCAAGUUGGUUUCUCGUCGGAGGCUUUCAACCACCGACCCAGUUGAUGAGGAGCAAUCAAUAUAUCAUAUUCUCCUUAACCUCUACUUGAAUCCCCCGAAAGGAGAGCAGGCACUUUUCGGACCGGCUAUUGAGUUGAUGGCCCGCCACGGACCCAGGUUGCCAGCAAGCUCGACCUUGGAGCUGAUUCCGGAAGAUUUGCUGGUGAAGGAGCUAGAGUUCUACUUCCGUGGAAGGAUUCGGAAUGCCAAUACUAUCAUGAACGAGUCGAUGAUAGUUUCUGGUCUGAGAAAGGUGGAUGCUGUUCGAGUACAGGCCGCUUUGCUACUUGGGGACGGCGUCCAAUCUGGCGGUCGAGGGAGAAAAGUGAAAAUCGACGAAGAUCGAGUAUGCGGCGUCUGCUAUAAGCGACUUGGUAGCAGUGUGAUCAGCGUAUUCCCCGACAACUCCGUCGUGCACCUUGGAUGCGCAGUGCGCAAGCAAAGCGAGAUCGCCGUGAAGGUUGUCUAA